GCCUCCGAAUGAGAAAAAACUCAAACUAGCUCUUUUCUUUUCGUAUCCUAAAACGGAUCGGCACCCAACAGUUAAGAACACAAUCCGAAAAUUGGACACCCUACUUACACCGGCUUACACUAGUCAGAGCAUAAUGGUUACCUCCCUGCUUAGCCACAACUAAAAAAACAUGUAUUGAGGAAUAACCAGAUUUUGAUAAAUAUUUUUGUGAAUACUUUGACGUGUUGUGAAAACUGGGAGGAUGUUUACACUUAAAGAGUCGUUUCAAAUUUUGAGAAUUUCCAGCUUUUUCCCUUGAAAAGAGAGUAAUCAAUAACCAAAGCAAAUUCCAAAGUACUCUUUAAAUUUAUUUUCAUGAGCGAGAAUUACGAACGUUUGGAGUAAGGACGGCACAUUUCGUUUAUGACGAUGUCGCCUAAGACUAGAUGGUAUGCUCUAAAGAGGCUGCAUAAAAAAGUGCGUUUAUUUUCGAACUUUCACGGUGCGGUUAACGUCGGUGCAACUUUAAAAAAUUUCUUCCAGUGAAAGAAAACGAAAGUUUCUGUCUAUAAAAAGCGUUUAUUGUUUUUAGCGAACUUAGUCAUGGUUUGGAACGAACGCGAGGAGAAUCCGCCAAUUUCAGUCUUCAAAAUUUAGUAAUUUUGUCUUACCGACACGUAGUCGAUCGAAAAAUUUUUACACCAGUUUGCCUAUCAAAAGAAAGUUUGAAAUUACCAAGGACCAAACGUCUGACCUCGUCAAGCGAACCAUAUUUUAUAACAACUCAACGCAAAUCACUUGGCGAAUAAAUUGAGACGCAAAUCUGGUGGGAAAUGUCAUGAUGAUGAUGAUGAUAAUAAUAAUAAUAAUUUUUAAUGAUAAUAGGCUUUAUUCACAACUCAGUCAGAACAUUUACAAAUGAAUAUAGAACGAAAACAAAUCGUGCUUUAUGUACAAAAAUGUCUAACUCCGAAGAACUUGCAUAGAGUUCACUGGUAAAAUUAUCAAUAUAAAAAGCAACUAUUUAGAAUUCAAUCUUUCAAAUAAUUGUAAACGAUAAAUAGUCCAAAAGUCAAUAUUUACAAAGAGAUUAAAAAAGGAACAUAUUAAAGAAUGUAAGUCUAAAAUUUAAUGGACAUGGCGCUUUCUGUUGUUUGGAUGUCAAUGUCAAUGUCAAUGUUCUUAAUGUCGCACGGAACUUUCUUAAUAGUCCUGGAGCCUCUCAGACACAACGUUUUCGCUCUAAUCCAUGAGAUGGUGUUCGCAUAACUCUCUCCUUUCUUAAUUGAAAUCAACUCACUUUGUCGGCUAUAAGCCUGCGAGCAGGCUCUCGGCUAGCUUGGCCACUUCUUCUAUCCAGCUCGUGACUUUGUUAGUGAUGUAUUCGUUUAGGAAUGCUGUUGAACCUACUACAUUCCCCAGAUGCUCGUGUCCUCCUGUGGUGACAUUAAUAGCCGUGUCUUUGAAGGCUUCCCUCACGAGUACUUCCUUUUCGGGUGUAGCAAUGAUCCAGCAUUUUUUAGCAUCAGGGAAGUACCCCAACUCUAGACAGAGCUCGGACCCCACCAUUUCUUGAGUUCUCCUACGGAUCCAAUGCCGCUCGCAUCAUCCGCAAACCAGCAUUGCUUCGAGUUAGACUUCGACUGUAGGCGCGUGAUGAGGGGUUGGAUGCUUAAAGCACACAAAGCCAUAGCAAGCGGAUCACCUCGAGUUGUUCCUUCUGCAGACACGAGUUUUUUACUACUAACGAUAAAUAACCGUGCUGUCUGUCUGUAUGUUUAUUGCAUAAACUGCGAUCAUUGGACAAAGGACUCUGAUGUUAUGCAGGGCUGCAGUUCUAUUUAGUGAGUUGAAUCAUUGCAUUCGAAGCAUCGAUACUGGAGAAGUACCGCGUCUGUACCAUCAGCUUGAAACAGAGUAUGCACUGUAUGGACUGCAGCUUCACUUCCUGACUUCUUACCAGCACACAAUUGAAGUGAGCCACUAGCUUCAAUAACAUCUUUCUUCGCCACAUUCAUCACACAUUUUCCAACGAUUCUUCGUGAUACCUCUCCUACUCCAAUAGGUCUUACUGCUCCCUGUCCUUUAUCCAACGGAAUCCGCAGACGGCUUGCCAUCAGUGGCUCUAUGUGAAAGGGAUCAACGUAUUAAAUACACAAAGUUCUUGUCAUUGUAGCUAGUCCUUCACAGAGCUUUAAUGAUGACUAUUUAAAAGAUUUGCACGCAAAGAUUCCUCUGAAGCCAUUUGCAUCGACGCCUGACGGGCAACCUGAUCCUUUGGUCUUUAACGCAGCCUGUCUAAUCAUGUCGCCAUUUAUCUUGGUGAACACUGAUUCUGGAAUUUCAUCAUUAAUCGGUCCAAACAGAAAUGUACCCAGUUUCGCUGCCUGUGGAUUUGGGUGCUUCUCUCUGAGCUGCGUCAUGACUUCAUCAUUUAGCGGGAGAACACCUCGAUGGGCCAAAAAUCGCCAAAAAUUGUAUUUUUUGACUUUUUAUCCUUUGUCCCUUUAUGAAAAACCUAUUUUCUGUCUUAUUAGCAUGCUUUUGCGCAUUUUCUCAGGACGUUUGGCUCGUUUUCAUGAAAACGAGAGUUGUUUACGCCUUUUUUUUUUUUUUUUUUUACAAAAAGCCGUGAUAUUUAGUGAAAAUUCAAGGAAAAUUGCGUGUGAGCGACUUGAAUGCUUCCUGGGAAGCAGUCUAACCUUUUAUUGAAGACAUUUCAAUUCAUCUACAUGGAUCAAUAGGGACCUAAAGAUACUGGACGCGGCGGCCUUAAGAACGCGGUCACGUCCGAGAGGGCAUGGGUCGUGACCGCCACCUUGGCGCGGGAAAAACAAACCUUAAGAUUUGCGUUGUGCAAGCGGUGGCCGAAACGGGUAACAACAAACAGAUUCAGUCAGAGGGUCAGGGGGUUUUGCUAUUAUGACUUCGUUUAAGAAGACCCGAGAGCUUUUGGCAGGAUGUCAUUUGUCAAUUCGUGCUCCUCUAUGGCUGCAGCUUUUCAAAGAACCUAGAAAUACCGUAUGAAGAGUACGAAAGAUCUAACCUCGAAGAAAUGGCAGGUUCAUUAUCUAGAGCGGUCCUAAUCUGCCGCUGAUUACUUUCACAAGAUAAAAAUCCACGUGAAAAUAAGAAAUAAAGCAAUAAUCUGGUGUGAGGAAAUUUACCUGCUUUUCGUAUUCCUUUCUGAAGACUUCACGCUCACCUUUUCCUCCACAGACACGCUAACACCUGAAUUAUGAAAACAAAAUUUAACCAAACAAUUUAUGAAUCUAUUUCCUCAUGAUGAGGAAUAGAAGUUUUGGGCGAAUGAUUUUAAUUCAGUUAAGGGAAAAAGUCGCAAAACUAACUCACCUUUCUGAGAGGCCGCCAAAAUGAACUUUGUCGCCGUCGCAACUGAGGUUGAGGCGGUCAAAUGACGUGACAUUCAGACAUGUAAAUUUAAGACCUUGCGAAUUUACUUCAGGUUGCCGCCCUCCAAGGCCGCUUCCAGGGUAUCUUAAGGUCGCUAAUAAAUGUCGAAAACCCGAUCUCCAUUGCUUAUGCUUCAUUUGUGAAAGUUAUCUUCAGAAAUGCCUCCAAAACAGAAAUUUAGGAGUGGUAGAAGCAAGAAAAGAAAGUUUACUGGGAACAUGUGUACCAGGAGAAAGGAAUUAGAGUCGUAGGAAGCUUCAGCGGAUCAAGAAUCGUUCGAAAGAAGCGACUAAGUGGACUCUGACGAAACAAACGCGUCGCGCUCAAAUUCUAACAUGUCGGAAAAUACAUCAUCUUUCGCCUCGCUCGGAAAGGUUCAAGGACUUUCCAGCAAGAAGUCUAAAUCUGAAAGUAGUUCCAGUGAUGUGGAUGCAGCUAGGAUGGAAGGUUUUCGUUUUGUGGACAUGGCAGUUCUUGGCUCGAUUUUUGGAUUGUUACUCUGCUGGAAGAAGAUCGCGAAAGAAAGAUGGGAUUUUCUUCUCUGCUAUUUGUCAAGUGCCCCGGGAAAAAGUGUGGAUUCUUAAAACAAUUCUACUUUUCUUCUAGAGUUGGGACUUCUCAGGCAUUCGAAGUAAAUCGAAAAGUUGUUCUAGCAUCAAGAAACAUUGGUGUUGGGCAUUUUCUGGGACUAUGAACAUGCCUCCUCCCUUGAGUAAAAACGCCUAUAGGGAUAUCGUUGAAGCUGCGAGGAAAGCUGCUCAGACUGUUUGCCAGCAUAGUAUGACAGCUGCUGUUGAUGAUGCCAACAGGUUCUAUGAACCAGAGGAGGAUGGUGUAUUUGAUAUUGGAAUAUCAGGCGAUGGCACCUGGAGAAGAAGGGGCUACUCAUCCUUGUAUGGGAUAGUCACUAAGAUAUCCACAGUUUCUGGCAAAGUAGUUGACAUUGAAUUAAUGUCAAAAGACUGCAAGGAGUGCGCAUUGUAGAGGAACAGGGAAGGUACUCAGGAAUUUGAAGAUUGGUGGGAAGGUCACCAACAUCUUUGCCAGGCUUAUCACCUUGGUUCAUAUGAAUCAGUGAAUGCCGGUGGCCUUCUUGCCAUAUUUCAGCGGUCAGUUGAAAGUUAUGCAGUCCGUUACACGGAGUUUUUGGGAGAUGGGGACAGCAAAGCCACAAGUUCAUUGUAGAUGAAGCUGUUUAUGGUGAAAGAGAGGUCAGCAAGCGGGAGUGCGUCGGGCAUGAUCAGAAACGUCUGGGGUCACGCCUUCGCUCGCAAAAAAAGAGAAUAGGCCAGGCAAGGCUCGAAGAUAGAAAGCCCAUCGGUGGUAUUGGAAGGCUGACAAACAACAAAAUAGAUCAGCUACAGGUCUGUUGUGGCAAGGUCAUCUGAAACAACACCCAUGACAUCCAAUCUGUGGAAAAUGCUGUCAUGGCCAUGUGGUACCAUACUCGAUCCAGCGAUGAAAACCCAGACCGUGAAUUGUGUCCUCCUGGAGAAAACUCGUGGUGUGACUUUCAGAGAGACUUGGCAAAGGGAACAACAGAUUGGUUGUGAGGUAUUAGCUAAAACAGAGUACAUCUCCAACAUCUGUAAAGAUCAUGAUAUCGAGGUUACAGACAGGUGGUAUGAACAUGAGUCGGAGACUGUGAUGCACAAUAAAGACAACAACAUCACUAUUAUAUGGGAUAUGCCAGUCAAUACCGAUCGAACUAUUGCAGCGAACAGACCAGACAUCAUGGUUAAAGAUUCAGUGAAUUCUACCUGCAAACUGAUUUUUAUGACUAUCCCGUCAGACAGAAAUAUCGCACUAAAAGAACUAGAAAAGAAAUGCAAGUACAGAGACCUAGAACUAGAAAUACAGAGAAUGUGGCAGAUGAAAACUGAAGUGAUCCCUGUGGUUGUUGGUGCGCUUGGUACAAGAAGGAAAGGGAUGGGAGGAAACAUCAAGGAAGUAUCGGAGAGAGCUACGGUAACAGAGACCCAAAAGAUCAACAUACUGAGAACUGUACGACUCCUCAGGAAGAAUGUGUGAACAGAAUGAUUGACUUGAGUGACUGAUUUCCUUGGUGCAUGGUUUGCACUCGGCUGCAUGAUACACAAAAAAGGAUACCAGCAAAGACUAUGACAGAAGCGAGAUAAUGAUGAUGAUAAUAAUAAUAAUAAUAAUAAUAAUAAUAAUGAUGAUGAUAAUAAUAAAAAGAAUAAUAAUAAUAAUGAUAACAACAACGAUAAAAACAACGACGAUGAACGUCACUGUCUAGGAAACGAUGAACGUCACUGUCUUUUUUAGUGCUUGUCACGUCGUUGUCGAAUUUAAGCGUCGUAUUCUGGUCUCUAAGUAGCAAGUCCCAUGUCCCUAGUUUUUAGGGUCCUGUCCGCUUGUCACACUUCCCUCUAAGAAGGCCUCUUUAUUACUAAGUCACGCGAUCACAGCCACUCUAGCCUGACAGGGCAUUCAUGGCAGAAAAACUCGAUAGUUCCGCAUACUAAGUAUUGAUUCUGACACAACACCGUUCGGUCCUAUUUGAUUAGUGUGCCGCUAUAGAUUUCUUCGUUUUCCAUGCAAAAGAAGAGAAAUGUUAAACCUGAGGGUUGUUUCAGUUUCCCAAACAUUUAUAUUUAGGUUCUGUCUAUGCGGAUCCAAUUCGACAAUGUCUGGGAAUAUGUAGCUCCUAAACGCAGUUACAUACAAUUCUAAAGCAAACUUUUGAAACGACUGCCACGUUGUUAUAUUAUGUAAAUCGUACCGCCAUCAGUCAUCAUCAUUCUCUCCUUUGGUGUUUUAAAAAGAGAAAUACAUAAAGAGGAUCUCCUUUUUCGGUUACAAAAGAUGCCGAGCUUCAAUGCGUGACAUUCGCUGUGCGUCUGUGUUCGUUACAAUUCAUUCGCCACCCGAUUCGCGUCAGAGCUAUUUUUAAACAAUUAUUCGCCGAUGGCGAAAUUAAUAUUGAGAAAUAAUUCACGAGACAAAGUCGAGGGGAUUAUUCGACAAUAUUCACUAAGUCCGAAGAGAAUAACUGUUUUGAUAUAAUUUCUCAGGUGAUUAUCAGGGUAACUGUAUUUUCUUCCGCUUUGUUUCUUCCUCAGAAAUAGCAACUUUUCGAGGCGGUCAUAUUGAAAAUUAGCGUUCUUAACACAAUAUAACGCAAUUCAGAACGCAUCUAUAAAACUAUUAUACCAAUAUUUAAGUGGCUUCUGGUCGUUCUAAAUUUUCUGUUUUCGAUGCUUAAUGGAAGAGAUAUAGCACCUCCUGUUACAUUUUCACCUACUUUCGAUUUAUUUUGUACAGGAAAAUUUUAUUCUCCUUUGUUUCAAACUCAUUAUCACACAUUACCAUACCCAACAACAAAGGAAAAUAAGAUUUGAACCAAGAAUAAUAUUGAACCCCAAAAUAUACGCAAAUAAUGUUGUCGAUUUGAAUGGUAUGUACUGAGCGCUCGUUAGAAACGUUUCUGAUAUGUUCACUCCUGAGUGUUCUGAGUGUUUCACAUUAAGGUUAAAUAUUUCGUGAGGAAAAGGAAAGCGGCAUUGACAUCUUUGGGCGACUUUUCCACGAAAGGGUUUUUAUUCUGAAGCAGGUUUUUUUAAUUCCUCUAUAUCAAAGAUUAAAGGGCAUGAAAACAAAUCGUUGUGGCUUUUUUUCAGUCCGUUCGUCAUUCAAAGUUCAAUAAAAAGAUUCUUCUGCCGAUUUUCUUUUUCGUACUAAACACCAGUCAUCACACAACGAUGUGCCGUCUAUAUUUAAGUGUUAGCCAGCAGAGCGCGUGACAGAAGUGUCACUUUACAUCAAUCAAGAUGAAUUCUUUAUUUUCUGAAAUUGAUACAUUUGACUUCGUUUUCGGAAAAUUGAUGACCAGUUGGUCAAACUAGGCGGUGACUACUGAUGAAAUGAAAUGAAAUGAAGGAAAGAAAAGGAAAGGAAAGGAAAUGAAAGGACUUGACUUUAUUUCCCAUAAUGAAAUAAUCAAUACAGCAUGUAUAUUUGGCUAUUAGUUUGCAUUUGGGAGGAAGACUAAGGAAACCCUCACGGGCUUUUACAAAGUAGUCUCCCUUUUAAAAUUACUCUAUCUAUUAUUAAAACUUUCUGUCCACUAUACAAACGGAAACG